AUGGCAAAUCUGCAUGUUCGAUCAAACAGCUUGCCAUCAAAAUCUCACCCCAUAGUAAAUGAUGUUGAAGAUCAUUUAUGCAGGUUAAGGUCCUCCGAAGGGACAUCAACAUCAUCUGCUUCUGUGACUGCAAACUUGGCCAUCCUUAAGGAUUUACAUGAAGGCUCACUUGGGCUUGUGGAUCUUUGUGGAUUCACAAGAGAUAUUCUAAAUUUAACAAAGGGAUCUGUUCAAGAUCUUCAGUCAUCCAUCAGGCGAAACAGAGGUGAAACUGCCACAGCUGACGACAUCAAUGCUUAUAUGACCUCAAGAAAGAAGAUUAACAAAAUGGUUAACAAAUUCAUCAAGAACUUCAAGACAUUCGAUAAAAAUCCUACAGCCUUCUCCAAUGAAGACUCUGACCUCAAGGCCAUCGUAACGAUGCUAAAAGAGACAGAGGCUUUUGAUGUCUCAGUCCUGAAGUCUGUCCUGAUACUUGUGUCUGGGGAGAGGGGAAGCUCAAAGAAAAGAAGCUGGUCAUUGCUUUCCAAGUUUUCUCGAACCAGCCGUGUACACUCUGAGGUAGAACAAGAACGUUGUGCUGAGUACUUGUGCUCAUUUGACCUCCAGAAGUCUGGGAAAGAUUUGCAAAUUGUCUUGAAGCAGUUGAAAGCAUCAGAAAUGGGUAUCCAAGAACUUGAAGAGGAACUCGAGGCAUUUUUCAGGAGUUUAGUCAAAACUAGAGUUUCCCUUCUUAAUGCCCUCAACCACUAG